GAGCGCAGGCCGCGCGAGCGGGAUGGACACCGGCAGCCCGCAGUCCCCGAGGCCCGGCUCGGGCCCUGCGCUGAGCCUGGGCGCUCGCCUGGGCGUGGAGACGCGCCUCUGGGCCAAGGUGCUGGUCACCACGCUCUACGCGCUCACCUUCGUGCUGGGCUCGGAGGGCAAUGCGCUGUCCGUGCACGUGGUGCUGAAGGCUCGGGCCGGGCCCCCGGGGCGCCUGCGCUACCACGUGCUCAGCCUGGCGCUCUCCGCACUGCUGCUGCUGCUGGUCAGCGUGCCCAUGGGGCUCUACAACCUGGUGUGGUUCCACGACCCCUGGGUCUUCUGCGACCUGGGCUGCCGCGCUUACUUCUUCGUGCGCGAGCUGUGCGCCUACGCCACGGUGCUCAGCGUGGCGAGCCUGAGCGCCGAGCGCUGCCUGGCCGUGUGCCAGCCCCUGCACUCCCGCCGCCUGCCGUCACCGCGCCGGACCCGCCGCCUGCUGUCGCUGGUCUGCUGCUCGCUCGGACUUGCCCUGCCCACCAUGGCAAUCAUCAUGGGGCAGAGGCCAGAGCUUGAGACGGCGGGCAGGGGGCGGGUGCCCGCCUCGCACGGGUGCACCGAACUGGUGAGCCGCUACACGCUCCAGGUCUUCAUCCAGGUGAAUGUGCUGGUGCCCUUUGUGCUCCCCUUGGCAUUAACUGCUUUCCUGAACGGGGUCACGGUGAGCCACCUGGUGGCCCUCUGCUCCCAGGUGCCAGCCACCUCUGCCCCAGGCAGCCCAGCCCACACCUGCGUGGAGCUAAUGAGUGAGGAGAGGAAGAUGCCCUCCCUGUAGGCCCAAGCCGGCCUGGCGAGACACAGGGACUCCAGCCGGAUCCGUGGCCCCCAGCACAGCAUCCAGGUUCUCGGAGCCAUUGUGGCUGUGUAUGUCAUCUGCUGGAUGCCGUACCACGCCCGCAGGUCAUGGCUCAUGUACUGCUCCAUCUCCGAUGACGUGUGGACCCACACGCUCUGCAACUUCUAUCACUACUUCCACAUGGGGAUGAACGUGCUUUUCUAUGUCAGUUCAGCAGUGACCCCUGUCCUGUACAGCGGUGUGUCCUCCUCCUUCAGAAAACUCUUCCUGGAAGCCCUCAGACCUCUGCGUCCAGAGCACCACCUCGUGGAGUCAUUCCCCCUGGGAGUCCCAGAGCCCCACCUGAAUGGAUCCUCUGGCCCAUGCGACCGCCUGACGCUCCUGGCCUGUGGGAUGACGGAUGUUUGA